AUGAUGAAGCGACUCCUACACCCCACUAGACUGAGACUGAAUUGCAUGAGACGAUGCUCUGUAGAAGUGAAGACUGCUCCCCACGUUCCUGUGCUCUGCGACACAGCCAUUGAGUACCUGCAGCCCGUUCCAGGAGGCACCUACUUCGACAUGACUUUCGGCGCUGGUGGCCACACGCGGCGUCUGCUGGAGAAGUGUCCCGAGGCCAAGGUGUACGCCCUAGAUAGAGAUCCCUUGGCCCACCAACUGGCCCGCGAUAUGAGCGAAUCCGAAGAGUUCAAGGGCAGGCUGAUACCCCUGCUGGGAAAAUUCUCCGAUUUACCAAAGCUUUUCAAAGAACAUGGCCUGGCCAAGAACUCGGUGGACGGGAUGCUUUUCGAUUUCGGCUGCAGUUCCAUGCAAUUUGAUGAGGCGGUCAGAGGCUUCUCCAUCUCGAGAGACGGUCCACUGGACAUGCGAAUGGAUGGUGGCCACAGCGGAGGGGUUACAGCUGCUGAUGUGUUGGCCAAUGUUGAAGAGGGCGACCUUGUAAAGAUUUUGCGGAUGUACGGCGAAGAAAAAGCAGCCAAGAAGAUAGCCAGAGGACUGAUAGACGCGCGCAACGCCCUCUUUAAAAUCGAGACCACCAAGCAGCUGGCAGACAUUAUUGAAAACAUCAUGGAUGGUGGGUCCAGGAAAGAUAAGCUUCGACGACACGCACAUUCAGCCACCAAGACCUUCCAGGCCAUCCGCAUAUUUGUGAACAACGAGCUAAACGAGAUCAACUACGGCAUGGUUUUGGCCAACGAAAUCCUUCGCGUUGAUGGCCGCUUGGUGACAAUCACCUUUCACUCGCUGGAGGACACUAUCGUGAAGCGUCACAUCAAUGGAAACGUGCUGGCAGGCACAGCCAAUGCUCUUCCCCUCAAAUACUCCAGCUAUUAUGCCAUUGACGAACCAGAUAUGCUAGAAUCACUGACCAAGAAGAACUGGAAGCAACUCCAUCGCCAUGUCAUCGUGCCGGACGCCGAAGAGGUGGCCAGGAACACCCGCAGUCGAUCCGCCAAGCUGAGAGCAGCCGUCAAAACAAACUAAACGCAUGUCAAUAAAUUCGCUCGGUCUAGUUCAAAACUCA